UAAUAUGACCAGUUCUAUCCGCCAUAUCAUUCUUGUCUUUUGCCUUUGUGAAUGUGUCUUGUUGAGUAAUAGCUGACAAUAGGUCUGAGGCUGUAGCACAUGGUGAAAGGAGGGCGGCCUUGCGGACGCAGUCGAGGGGUUUGGAGGAUUGGAGGGAUUUGGCUUGUUGGGCGUCCACAGCGCAGCCUAUGUCUGACUUUGAAGCGUUGGUGAUUGUCUGGAGAAAAGAGGAAACACACAAGUCUGGACAGGGAGGAUGGAGGGUAGGCACUGAUGAUAUAGCCAACAGGUUCGUGACUACUUUGAAUAGUAAACGGAGGAGGGCCUGCGGACAGACAUUGAGGACCUUAGAGGAAGUAAGUAGUUUGUUCUUGUCAACCCCUCUCCUACCUAUUAACGGUCUGCAAAUCGACUCUCAUGCAUUUCGGAGUGGGCACCAGACAGAAUCGAGGACAAGACUUGUGUGGUUGAAAUGGUCAAUGAAUAUACAUACUUUCCGCGUAUGUGAGCCUACGGAGUAUGUGAGGAGGGGUUGGCUGCAUGAGGUUCGGAAACUAUAAGAAAUAUAUAUUAGUUAGG